AUGGCGCCUUACCCCGGCGUCCCCAUUGCGCAGCUGCCAGUGGCGACUGUAUGGCGCACAUGGACCAGGAAUUCUGGUGGCAACCUGGUGUACACCACAAAGGGCGUCCCUGCGACUCUGGUCUCUGUGGGGUCCUUUGUCACGCCUGCACUGCUGGAGCUCCGUCCAAUGGUCUGGGCGCAUCCCCCCUUCAGGAUCUGCCCCGCUGGGCAGCGCGGCAGACAGAAGCAAUGGACAAGACUCCAGGACCACCAGCUCACUUUCUACGGCCUUCUUACGGAAGCGCCUGGUACCGGAUGCUAUGCCUCUGCAGUCUUGCAAGCGGUCUACACACCCGGACAAUCAGGGCGCCCACUGAACGCAGCCAGUGGCGCCACCUAG